ACUAGUGUUUAGUAGUGUGUGUCGAUUAGAAUGCGCAACACAAAAUUUCUGAAUCGAAGGUACCAUACUAUUUAAAAUCAAUAUGGUAUGGGUUGUAUUAUAUUAACCAAGUGAGAUAAAAGCAAAUUAUUUAUAAAUAUCAGAAGUAAUUAUUGGCUUGAUUACGGUCAGCCAUGGCGAACGAAGAAAAAUUGGAAUGGAUAUACAAGGGUGCAAAUAGCCUUGUGAAUAGAGAAGAAUAUUUACUUGGAAGGAGUGUGGAUAAAGCAUUGGAACUCAAGAAUGAAGAAGAAAAAGAAAAAAAGUUUGUUUUGCCUGUUCCAAAAAACCAUGUGGAGCAUGAAUGUAUUCCUCCAUCAAUUAGAGAUUUUAAUAAGAUAGUCCAAGCUGAACAGGUUGAUUUGUCAACAAAAUUGCAAGAGGAUCCAUUAGUAGCUAUAAGAAAGCAGGAAGAAGAAGCUCGUAGAAAGUUUCUACAAAAUCCAGUUCAACUUAAAAAGUUGCAGGAAGCCCUGCAAGCUCAACAAAAGAAAAAACAAAAAAAGUCCAAAAAGAAACAAAUGGAAUCUGAUUUAGAUAAUAAAAUCAUGCAAAAAUUAAAGUUGCUCAAAAGUGGAUUUUCUUCACAUGUGACAGAAAAGAAGGGGCAUGUGCUAGAUACUAUUCUAAUGCAUAAGUUUAAUGCUUUAAAAGACAAGCUCUCAGAAGAAGACUUAAAUGACGUAUUGAAUGGGAAGCUUAGUGAAACUAGUGAUGAAGAAAAGCCUAAAAGGAAAAAAAGAUAUAGCAAGAGUCCAAGUAAUAGGCAUAGUGAUGUUAAAAAAUGUAGAAAAGAUAAUAAUAAAGUAAAAUCAAAAUGUCAACAUCAUGAUACUCUGUCUGAAUAUAGUGACGACUGUGACGAUACUGUCAAGAAAAGUUAUGACAGUUCAAAGGUACAUAGUGGAGAAAAGUCAAAAUGUAGAGCAAAUUUGGGUAAGCAAAAAAAAACUGAAUGGAAAAGAAAGGACAGUGAAUGUUUUUUGGAUAGCAAGACAAACAACAUUAAAAAAUUAGAUAAAUCCAGGUAUUCCAUCAAAAAGAUUAAUGCUAAAGCCAAAUCAGUACCACAUUCAAAAUAUGAAAGUAGUGACAGCGAUGAUUUGGACAAUAAAAUUGUCACUAAUGUGAUGGAAACUGGUAAUCCAAACAAUCUUGAUGAGAUUAUUAUGGAAAAACUCAAAAUUCUUAGGGGUGAAACUGAGCAAAAGACGUUGUAUCCAAAGAAACCUAAGCAUUUAAAGAGGGAAAACAGUAAUUGCAGUUCUACUAGCAGUAGGAGUAGUAGUAGUAGUUCUUCUAGUAAUGAAUCCAAUGAUUCUGAUGAUAAAUCUAAAAGAAAUAUGAAAGCUUUUGGGUUGGUUACAUCUCGGGGUAAGAAGAUCAGGCUGAAGCAUGAGGUGCAAGGAAAUGUAAAGCCCAAUACUAAAAAAAAAAUUGAGUCUAGUGAAAUCAAGCUCACCAUACCAGACAGAAACUCCAAAAAAUUAACAGAGAAGGAAAAAGAGAGGCUGAGAAGAGAGAUGAUGGUGAAUGCUGAAGUUAGAGAUAAAGAGAGGGAAGCCAACGUUAAGAGAUAUAAAGAAAAAGAUAAUAGAGAAGAAGAAGCAGUUACUAAAAAAUAUAAUAAAGAUUUUAUCCAUAAUGCAUUGCUUAAGACUGCAAAACCUUCAUCAGUGGAAGACCGGAUUAAAUCUAAUGUAAAUAAUAUACAAAGAUCUUUUCACAUGAAUGAGAAUUUUUUCAAAAGAUAA